CACACUCUUGACAGUUGUAGAAAGAGAGAGAGAGAGAGAGAGAGAGAGAGAGAUCGAGAGAGAUGGACAGGAGAGGUGGUUGUUGUAUAGCGAGGUAUGGUGGAGGUGGUGGCGUUUUUUAUGAUACGUCGAAGGUGGAUAGAAUAAUGCUGAGAUUUCGCCCGAUCGCUCCGAAGCCUGUCGGAGGGUCAGUCUCCGGCGGAUCUACACCGGAGAUAAGUGAGAAAUGUAGAAGGGGGAAGAAGAGGUAUGUAAGAGAGAAGCGGUGCAAUAUCAAAAAAAGAAAGGGUUGUUCGCCGCCGGAAGACAAGAAAGGUGGUGUUACCGGUGGGGUAACUACUCUGUCACUCCUGCCAGAGAGUCCGGAACCUAAGGACUCCUCGGAAGAGCGGAGCUCAGCCACGUGGCUGAACUUCGAGAGCUUUCCUGGGAAUACCAGUGAGGAGUACAAGGUGGGGAUGAGUAUGCCGGCUGUUCGUCCGGUGAGGGUGGUAGGGUCUUUUGUGACGGUGGACUGCGUGACUGAUACGUGGGUAGACGGAGGAGGACUGGGGUUUACGGACGAGGAGAGGAGGAUGUGUCUGGAGAUGGACACCUGUCCAGGGUUCUUAUCAGACGGUUUUGGUAGAGUGGUUUGGACAAACGGAGCUUACAGGAGCAUGGUGGCCGGUCAAGAGAACGAGACGGAUGAGGUGACGGUGUGUUUGGUGGUGAAGGAGACGGCUUCUGUGGCGGCAGUGGCCCUGGCUUACCCGGCUUUUUCGUGCAGAGUGAGAGUGCAGUACACGUGUGGAUCACUGACGCUGCCGUGUGACGUGUGGAGAAUGGAGGGAGGCGGCUUUGCGUGGCGGUUAGACGUGAAAGCUGCGCUGUGUCUGGGCCGGCCGUAGAGAACGUAGCACCAAAGCCGUAUGAAACCUUCUUCUCCUUAAACUGACCAGAGUAACUUGCUUUCUUAGUUUCCAUCUAAAAAACUUACUUCUAGUGUUGCUGAGCUUUCGGCCUUUUUGAUUAUUUGUGAAUAUGUGUUUGAUGCUGCUCUGGCUCCCACGUUGAUUAUGCUUUGCUCAUCUCUGGGUUGCUUAAGUUUUUGUUUAUAUGUAUAAACCUGCGGUGAUGGUGAUCGAUGAGAAGCUGAUUUCAAAUUUUCAAUGUUUUUAUUUUUGAAAGGGGUUUGAACCCAGCCUAGCCGGAGCUCAGCCCCACACCGGUUCAUUUAUUGAAAUAAUUUUCAAUGUUUAAAUUCAUGUUGCGUUGUUGUUCUUUACUGAUACGACACCGUACGAGCUAUUAUAAACUAUAAAUACGAACUGGGAUAGUAGCAUUUCAGGCACACAAACACAGAGAAUCAAAAUUCUUCUAUCUAGUUACGGGUUUAAAUGAAAUUUGAGAAAAUGAAAAUAGUUUGAUUUCUUUUCAGGCUCAUAUAUGUAAAGAUUUAAGAUUUUGUAAGUAUUUAGUAGAUAUGGAAUUUAAAAUUUAGAAUUAUU